AUGAUGUCCGCCGUCUGCCACGUGUUCAGGUGCGACCAUACUCGUAGGGAUCGCUGUACGGGAUCAAGGGCCGCCGUUAGGGCUGAGCGGCGACGGAUGGAGAUGGUUAACGCCGUUAUUAACGUCGACGUUGACGGGCGGCGCCAUUUGCUGCUUCUGUCUCCUGACCAUCCGGCUGCGCUCGACGCUCUCUCGCAGGAAGGAUUAUCCGAGGAACGAGCUCAUCAUGAGAGCGGAGGCGAGGUAGCCGACAAGGGAAAGCGGGCCUCCACUUUCCGACCAAAAACCCAAAGGACCACCACCGCGGUCUAAAUCCACAGAAAAGCGAGAAGAAAAAAGCCGUCGUCGCUCGGGCGCCCCGACGAGCUGGGUUCCGGAACGUCCUGAUUCGGCCGGACGUAAGCGGGGUCGAUCGGGUCGGUACGAGCGCAGAGGAGCACCGUUUAUAGUGACGAGCCGGGGGAGGUGGCACGUGCGAAGAAGAACGGGCUGGAUUACCUGUUCCACCUUUACGAGCAGUGCAGGGAGUUUCUGCUCCAGGUCCAGGCCAUGGCGAAGGAGCGAGGGGAUAAGUGCCCGACCAAGGUGACGAACCAAGUGUUCCGGUACGCGAAGAAAGUCGGAGCGAGCUACAUAAACAAGCCCAAGAUGCGGCACUACGUCCACUACGCCCUCCACUGCCUCGGCGAGGCCACCUCCGACGCCAUCCGCCGCAGUAAAAGGACCGUGUGCGAGAAUGUGGGAGCAUGGCGGCAGGCCUGCUACAGCCUUGGUGGCCAUCUAGCCCGUCACGGCUGGGACAUCGACGGCGGUCUUUCGCCGGCACAUCCUCGCCUGUCGAUUUGGUGUCCGACGAAGCUCCGUCAGCUUUGUCAGCCUGGCCCGCGGACAAUGCUGCUGCUGGCGUGGGGCGCCUCGGCGCUUGCCGCUGGGGUGGCCGUCGCAGAUCCUUGUUUUAGUUUAGUUGACUUUGUUAAUGAAUUGUCUGACUGA